CUCCUCACAUGUUGGGGCAUGUGUUUUGGUUUUUUUAACAAAUGGUAAGUUGUAAACAUAUGUCUCUACGUUUCAAACAGCGUUCACGUAGAGGUCAGUAAAAGGUAUCUGUCAGAUAGACAAUUAACUAACGUAAUUAGUUUAAUAUCAAGUAGCACCAGUUAUAUAAAGUGAGGUUAGUAUAAAUGUAAGAAUCUCAACUAACUAGCCUUAUUGAUUCAAUUUACGGACAGUGGUCAAAAUCGUAGGCUGAACAUGUAUGCGACUUUUCUGUUUCUGUUUGCCUUUUUCACCUUGAUGGGCUUGCUAAUCAGAAAAAACAAGAGGUCUGUGGCGUCUUCGGCGCCCGGUCCCGUCGGAUGGCCAAUCCUGGGAAACUUACCACAACUGGGUCGAAAGCCUCACGAAGCCUUGACGGCGCUGAGAGAGAAAUACGGCGACGUGUACCAGAUCCAGAUGGGCUCCUAUCCCACUGUUGUGCUCAACGGCUGGAAGACCAUUAAAUCAGCCCUGGUGAAACAAGGCGACGACUUUAGCGGCCGACCCGAUUUUUACUCGUUCCGAUUUUUGGCUAAAGGCAAAAGCAUGGGAUUUUGUAAUUUUGGAGCGCGAUGGAGAAUGCACAGGAAAAUUGCCCAGAAUUCUCUAGCGCUCUGUGCGAACAGGAAGUACAAUCCGAUUGAGGAGGCCAUUGUCAGCGAGGCGCGGUUCCUGGUAGACAACUUGCUAGCGUCUAACGGGCGUCCCGUCGAUCCGCACAACGAGAUAUAUCUCUCCGUCGGCAACAUCAUCUGCGCCCUGUGUUUUGGCGCACGCUACAGCCGCGACGACGCCGACUUCCAACAACUUGUCAAGAACAAUGCGGAAUUCAUGGCAUUCGUGGCAGCAGGAAACCCCGUUGACAUUAUGCCAUGGAUGCGUCACUUCACCAAGAGCUCUUUCCGGAAGUUCCUUCGUAUUCUGGACACCAUGGACGCUCUCUGCCAGAAAAAGCAGCGCGAGCAUCUGGCGACGUACGAUCCAUCAAACAUCCGAGACAUCACGGAUGCUCUUAUCAAGGCGACAGCGGAAAUACCAAACUCUGAAAAAAUGGCGGUCGGCCUGACGGAUGAGCAUAUCAUGAUAACUCUGCAAGAACUCAUAGGUGCCGGUUUCGACACAAUCUCAUGCACACUACACUGGUCGAUACUCUACCUGAUAACUCACCCGGAGUGGCAAGAACGCGUGCACCAGGAGAUCCGGGCGCGGUACGGGCUCACAAACGAUCCAAACUUCGCCGACUUCUCCGAACUCCCGCUGACCGAAGCCACAAUCCUGGAGAUCAUGCGACACUCGUGUAUCUUCCCGUUCGCUCUUCCACACAGCACGACAAAAGACACGACGGUCAACGGUCAUUUCGUAAAAGAGAACACGUUAGUGUUUGUUAACCUAUGGUCUCUUAGCCGAGAACCAGAAGUUUUUCCCGAACCGGAAGCGUUUAAUCCAAUGCGGUUCCUGAACGAGACGUGCACGCAAGUGGACAGAUCAAAGGCCGAUCUCGUUCUGCCGUUUGGCGCUGGAAAGCGGCGAUGUCCCGGUGAAGCACUGGCUAAAGUUGAGAUAUUUUUGUUUCUGUCGGUUCUUUUGCAAAGCUGCAGAUUUUCAGUUGUUCCCGGGCAGGCUCCCCCAAAGGUCGACAGCAAGUAUGGUCUAACUCUGAAACCACUGGACUUCCAAGUUAUCGUUAGUAAAAGAGAAGUAUUGUAGCAACCUGCAGCUAAUUAAGACAAAGACUCACGACCCAAUCCUCGUUUAACCCAUGCACGCCUAGCGUCUAGAA